AAUUUCACAGGUUUUAUAUGGUCACCAUAAAUAAAAUUGUACAAACCAGGCGUUGUCGUAUAUCCUCGUUUUAUGGUUGAAUUUGUUCUUUCAAAAGCUUUCAGUUAUGUUCAUAUCCAUUAAUGAGAACGGAUAUAGUGAGUAAUCUGCUUGACACUCCGUGAUAUUUUCCACAUCCACUACACAAUCAGUUGGUGCUGAACAACCUAGCUAUGGAUAUGAAAAUCACCAACUGUAUCAGCUUCACUCAAUGUUGUAUCCAGUUAUAUCCAUCUGCUAAUGUGCAAAAAAAAUACCACGCUCCAUACCCAAGAGCUAGUCUUCCAUUUGGAUUAUCCGCUUCCCAAUCAUUCUGCCAAUUGCCCAGAUGCUCAAUCUCAACCACUUCAUCUGUUUCUAUAAGGGUGUCUGCACCUGCUAUUUUCAGACUUCUGAAACCAGUUCAAUGCAGAAACAAAGUCACUGUGAGAGCAGGAUUUGCUGUGGGUGACACAAAGACAAAGAAUAUCGAAGAAGAGUCUGUGGAGGAAACAGGGGUAGUGGUAGUAGGAGCAGGCCUUGCGGGCCUAGCUGCAGGAAGGCAGCUGGCAAUGCAAAACAUCCCAUUCAGGAUCCUUGAAGCCUCUGAUGGGGUUGGAGGGCGAGUAAGAACAGACUAUUUCCAAGGGUUUCUGCUGGACAGGGGAUUCCAGAUAUUUAUCACUGCUUAUCCAGAAGCCAAAAGAAUAUUGAAUUAUGAAUCCUUAGACCUGAAACAAUUCUAUUCUGGGGCACUGGUAUACUACAAUGGAUCUUUUCAUAGAGUUGCUGAUCCAUUCAAACACUUUGCAGACUCUUUGGGCACACUGCUAAAUCCAAUAGGUACUAUACUUGAUAAAAUCUUGAUUGGAGUAGCUAGAUUGAAGUCUGUGACUGUUACCAAUGAAGAGAUUCUUUUGGGUAAAGAAGUUUCGAUAAUGGAAAAACUUUCGGUUAAUGGGUUUUCUUCUUCUAUAAUAGAUAGGUUCUUUAGGCCUUUCUUUGGGGGCAUCUUUUUUGACACAGAGCUCACAACCACAUCUAGGCUUUUUGAUUUUGUCUUCAAAUGCUUGGCACUGGGAUCUAAUACUCUUCCUGCCGUGGGAAUCAAGGGGAUCCCUGAGCAGAUAGCAAGUCAAUUACCUGAAGGAUCAAUUUUGUUGAAUUCUAGAGUUGAGGAUAUCAUAAAUGAUGAUACCCCAAUUGUGAGGCUAGAAGAUGGAAGGAAGAUAAGGAGUAAAUAUAGUGUAGUUUUAGCUGUGGAAGAACCAGAAGCAGCCAGACUUUUGGGUAAAGAAUUAAGGUCUACUCCAAAGCCUCCAAGAAGAACUGUUUGCUUGUAUUUUUCUGCUGAUGAAGCUCCAGUUAAAGAGCCUAUACUGAUUCUUAAUGGGUCUGGUAAAGGAAUUGUGAAUAAUACGUUCUUUGCUACCAAUGUUGCUCCCUCCUAUGGUCCUCCUGGAAAGACAUUGGUGUCUGUAUCUUUGGUUGGUUGUCAUGACGAAUCUUCUGAUGAAGAUUUGAGGAUUGCAGUGGUUAAGGAGCUUUCCGGUUGGUUUGGUUCUUCUGAUGUGGCUUCAUGGAAGCACUUAAGGACAUAUAGAAUUAGAUUUGCACAGCCAGACCAGACUCCUCCGACAGACCUUAUGAAAGAACCCAGAUUUGCUUCAGGAAUUUAUCUCUGUGGAGAUUAUAGGGAUUCUGCAACAUUUGAUGGAGCUCUCGUUUCAGGGAGAAGAGCAAUUGAGUGCCUUGUAAAAGAUGCAAAUCUAUCUGGAGUGUUGUGAGUUUUAAGUACAUCGGACAAUCUAGUAUUUUGGUUUAACAUAGGAGUUUAAGCAAGCCAAAUUUCUGCACUAGUUGAAAACAGUUUCAAGUACCUUUACUUGUUUGGUAGAUAAAGGUCCAGCAUUUGAAAGUCAUUUCUGGAAAAAUAUAGUAGAAACUGAAAAUUACAGGAAGCAUUGAUGAGUUAAUUGCAUUCUCUUUAAAUGGUUGGACCCAAUGCAAGAAACAACCAGAAGUUAAGUGCAUGCAAUCCAUUCCCAUUAAAAAUGCUUCUCCCAUUUUGAAAUCUAUUUCACUAUUUUGUCACUCUGAAACCAAAAUAUAUGUUACAUGCACAUAUCUGAAGACAAACAACCCUGUUAGUGGACUUCUGCAAUCAACGUUCCUCCUACUUAUUGUAUGUCUUAUUCUAAGAUUGAUGUGAUACAUCAAAUUGUAAGAGACAAGGUUAUAGUUAGCAACCCUACAUUAUAAAAUGAAACAGCUCCUGUACAAGUUCUUCAUAAGUUCAGUUGAGCAGUGUUCAAAAUUUAUCUAUUCAAAGGUA